GGAAAGCCCUUUCAAGCGUGGUGCCGGGAAGGCCGGAAACAUGAGCCAGCUGCGCGCCACAAAGCCCGGGCUCCUCGUGGGCGCGGCCGUCUGCGCCUUCGUUCUCCUUCACUUCCGGAACCCAAGCCCUGGGGAAGCAGAGGAGGAACCCCCCCGUCCAGCAGUAGUGGAAUGCGGCUUUUAUCCGGAUGAACUCUGUUCAGCUUUACUGGAAGGGAAAGGGGCCGCCCUCCAAAUCGCAAGAUUUUGUAAAAACCCUCACGGCUCUCAAAUUCUUGCUCAUUCACGCACAUCAGGAAAUUGCUCUAGGAUUUCCCAGGAGUUGCGUUUCAUAACCAGACCCUUGUCUGCAGAAGAGGGCAAUUUCUCUCUGGCAUAUAUUGUAACAAUUCACAACGAGCUGGCGAUGUUUGCACAGCUUCUCAGAGCGAUUUAUGUGCCUCAAAACGUUUACUGUAUUCAUGUCGAGGAAAAGGCUCCGAAGAAGUACAAGACGGCUGUGCAAACCCUGGUGAGCUGUUUUGAAAAUAUUUUUAUUUCAUCAAAGACAGCAAGAGUGGCCCACGCUGGCUUUUCAAGACUCCAGGCAGAUAUUAACUGUAUGAAAGACCUGGUCCGUUCCAAGUUCCAAUGGAACUACGUCAUUAACCUUCGCGGGCAGGAUUUUCCAAUCAAGACCAACAAAGAAAUCAUACACUACAUCAGAAGCAAAUGGAAUGACAAAAACAUCACUCCUGGAGUAGUCCAACCACCGAACGUGAAAUCCCAGACAAGUGAAAGUCAUCCUGAAUCCACCCCUGAAGGAAAUAUCUACGUAUCUCCAAAUAAAAGAUUCAAGCGCGAACCACCCCAUAAUUUAACAAUUUAUUUUGGAAGUGCUUACUACGUCCUGACGAGGAAGUUUGUCGAGUUUGUCCUGACUGACACCCGCGCGAAAGACAUGCUUCGUUGGUCCAAAGACCUCCAGAGCCCAGAACGACAUUACUGGGUGACUCUAAACCGACUGAGAGAUGCCCCGGGAGCCACCCCAGACGCCGGCUGGGAAGGAGGUGUUCGCGCCGUGAAGUGGAGACACGAGCAGGGACGUGUCCAUGACGGAUGUCAAGGCCGCUACGUCCACGAGAGCUGCGUGUAUGGCCUGGGAGACCUGCCGUGGAUCACUCGGUCGCCUUCUUUGUUUGCCAGCACAUUCGACUCGACAGACCCUCUGGUGGUGACAUGCCUGGAGCGGUGGCACCGGCUUCGGGUGCUGCGACAGGCAGAGGCUCCCGUGGAGCCACACUGGCGUUUCCCACAGGACAGUCACUUCAGCAGGAGACCGAGCGGCUGAGCGGGGAGCUGCCGAGUGUUUGCUUUCUUUCUGCUACCGCCUGCUCCUGACUCGUAGUAAGAGAACUUCCAGCCAAAGAAGGAAGAACGAGAAAUGAUGACUUGAUACAAGCUAGUCGCCAGAUGACUUUAGCAACACACUGCUGACAAGCCGUUCCUAUUAACCGUAGGCCGCUUUCCCAGCUUUGAGGAAGAAAUCACGAGAGGAAAGGUGACUCAAGGUACUGCUGGGGGCCCCAGACCCGCCAGCUGGAGGGCUGACUGCUCCCGUAAACAGUGGCUGCGACACUAGAUCCUGACUCAAGUCAGACAAGAACACGUUAUCUCGGAGACCUGCUGUGGUUGAGGGUCUAAGGCAGAGCAAACCCACUGGAAACGAGACUUCGCUCGUCUCCAGUGGUGCUCUCUGGCUGCGAGCCACGCACCUUCAUUCCGCUAAUCCUACAAAAACACAGAAGCGUCUACUUCCUUUGGGUAAAAUGAAACUAAUCGAGUUCAAACACACUUUCUUAAAAGGGCUGCCCUAUGUCUCUGGAGUCUCAUGGAGCUAAUGGCACCAUCAAUCCCGAGGGCUUCGUGCUACGUCUGAGCUGUCCCAUACUGAUGACCACAGCCAUGGCCACAACCACAGGGGGCUUCGAGGCAGCAGUGGGACUUUCCAGGACCACACGGCUAAGCAGCAGAAGCUGGGAUUUGGACCUAAGCAGGCGGCCUGGCUCCAGAGUCCAGCCUUACUCUAUGUGGAGUCAGACUUUCCCUGUGUUCAUUUGUAAAAACAAAAGUAAAUCGUAUGCAAAGAGAAUGUCUGAAACAUA